AUGGGGAACCCCCAAUGGGCACUCCUCGUCUUAGGCUGUCUCCUCACAGGACCUGGCCUCAUAGUCUGCCAGCUUUCAUUCCCCUCCAUCCUUCCAAAUGAAAAUGAGAUGGUUAUGCAGCUGAAUUCUACUUUUUCUCUGAGAUGCUUUGGGGAGAGCGAAGUGAACUGGCAGUACCCCAUGUUUAAAGUCGAGAAUGUAGAAAUUCGAAAUGAGGAAAAUAACAGUGGCCUUUUUGUGAAAGUGCUGAAAGUUGUCGGUGCCUUGGCGACCAACACGGGACUGUACACUUGCUAUUACAACCACACGAAGACAGAAGAAAGUGAAGUGGAAGGCAGGCAGGUUUAUAUCUAUGUGCCAGACCCAGAGGAAGCCUUUGUACCUCUGGACAUGAUGGAAUAUUUAAUCUUCACGGAGGAAGAGGAUGAUUAUGUCGUCAUACCCUGCCGCACGACUGAUCCUGAGACAUCAGUAACCUUACUCAGUGGUGAUGGGGUGGUCCAUGCCUCCUAUGACAGCAAACAGGGCUUUAACGGAACUUUCAACUUGGGGCCUUAUACCUGUGAGGCCACGGUCAGAGGGAGGACAUUUCAGACGGCGUCUUUUAACAUGUAUACUUUAAAAGCAACGUCAGAACUUGACCUAGAAGUGGAAGCUCUGAAAACUGUGUAUAAGACAGGGGAGACGAUUGUGGUCACCUGUGCAGCCUUUAACAACGAGGUGGUUGACUUCCAGUGGACGUACCCCGGAGAAGUGAAAGGCAAAGGCUUUAUAACACUCAAAGAAAUCAGAGUCCCAUCCAUCAAACUGGUGUACACUUUGACAAUCCCUGAGGCCACGGUGAAAGACAGUGGAGAUUAUGAAUGUACUGCUUGUCAGAACACCAAGGAGGUCAAAGAAAUGAAGAAAGUCACUAUUUCUGUUCAUGAGAAAGGGUUCAUUGAAAUCCAGCCCAACUUCAGCCAGUUAGAAGCUGUCAACCUGCACGACAUCAAACAUUUUGUGGUGAACAUAGAGGCCUACCCUCCUCCCAGGGUAUUCUGGCUGAAGGACAACCUGACACUGAUUGAAAACCUAACAGAGAUCACCACAGAUGUCGAACAGAUUCAGGAGACAAGGUAUCGAAGUAAACUAAAGCUGAUCCGUGCUAAGGAAGAAGAUAGUGGUCAUUAUACCAUUGUUGUUAAAAAUGAAGACGAUGUGAAGAGCUAUACUUUUGAACUGUUAACUCAAGUUCCCUCCUCCAUUCUGGAUUUGGUUGAUGACCAUCACAGCUCUACUGGGGGACAAACUGUGAGAUGUAUGGCUGGAGGAACCCCUCUUCCUGACAUUGAGUGGAUGAUUUGCAAGAAUAUUAAAAAGUGUAAUAAUGAAACUUCUUGGACAACUUUGGCCAACAAUGUCUCAAACGAUGUCCUCACCGAAAUCUACACCUUAGGCAGGAGUACCGUGGAAGGCCGAGUGACUUUCACUAAAGUGGAGGAGACUUUUGCAGUUCGAUGCCUGGCUAAGAAUCCCCUGAGGAUUGAGAACCGGGAACUGAAGCUGGUGGCGCCCACUCUGCGUUCUGAACUCACAGUGGCGGCUGCAGUCUUGGUGCUCUUGGUGAUUGUGAUCAUCUCACUUAUUGUCUUGGUCGUCAUUUGGAAACAGAAACCAAGGUAUGAAAUUCGUUGGAGAGUCAUUGAAUCAAUCAGCCCUGAUGGACACGAAUAUAUUUAUGUGGACCCCAUGCAGCUUCCUUAUGACUCGAGAUGGGAGUUUCCAAGAGAUGGACUGGUGCUUGGUAAGCUAUUUGGAUGAUCUUCCAAGACCACCCCCCCGACUCCCACCCACUCCAAAGCAAGUGUUUCAGUUUCUCUGAUCUGUUACAAGUCCACAGCCAGAUCCAGUGAAAAACAAGCUCUCAUGUCUGAACUGAAGAUAAUGACUCAUCUCGGGCCACAUUUAAACAUUGUGAACUUGUUGGGAGCCUGCACCAAAUCAGGACCUAUUUAUAUCAUCACUGAGUAUUGCUUCUAUGGGGAUUUGGUCAACUAUUUGCAUAAGAAUAGAGACAGUUUCCUGAGUCACCACCCAGAGAAACCAAAGAAAGAGUUGGACAUCUUUGGACUGAACCCCGCUGAUGAAAGCACACGGAGUUACGUUAUUUUAUCUUUUGAAAACAAUGGUGACUAUAUGGACAUGAAGCAAGCUGAUACUACACAGUACGUCCCUAUGCUGGAAAGGAAAGAGGUCUCUAAAUAUACAGACAUCCAGAGAUCACUGUAUGACCGUCCAGCCUCCUAUAAGAAGAAAUCUAUGUUAGACUCAGAAGUAAAAAGUCUCCUUUCGGACGAUAACUCAGAAAGCCUGACUUUGCUGGAUUUGUUGAGUUUUACCUACCAGGUUGCCCGAGGAAUGGAGUUUUUGGCUUCCAAAAAUUGUGUCCACCGGGACCUGGCUGCUCGCAAUGUCCUCCUGGCUCAAGGGAAAAUUGUGAAGAUCUGUGACUUUGGCCUGGCCAGAGACAUCAUGCAUGACUCGAACUACGUGUCCAAAGGCAGUACCUUUCUCCCGGUGAAGUGGAUGGCUCCUGAAAGCAUCUUUGACAACCUCUACACCACCCUGAGCGACGUCUGGUCUUACGGCAUUCUGCUCUGGGAGAUCUUCUCUCUUGGUGGCACACCUUACCCUGGCAUGAUGGUGGAUUCGACUUUUUACAAUAAGAUCAAGAGUGGGUACCGGAUGGCCAAGCCUGACCAUGCCACCAGUGAAGUCUACGAGAUCAUGGUGAAGUGCUGGGACAGUGAGCCAGAGAAGAGACCCUCCUUCUACCACCUCAGUGAGAUUGUGGAGAAUCUGCUGCCUGGGCAAUAUAAAAAGAGUUAUGAGAAGAUUCACCUGGAGUUCCUGAAGAGCGACCACCCUGCCGUGGCACGCAUGCGUGUAGACUCCGACAACGCGUAUAUUGGCGUCACCUACAAAAAUGAGGAAGACAAGUUGAAGGACUGGGAGGGUGGCCUUGAUGAGCAGAGACUGAGCGCGGACAGCGGCUACAUCAUCCCUCUGCCGGAUAUAGACCCGGUUCCUGAUGACGAAGACCUGGGCAAGAGGAACAGACACAGCUCACAGACUUCUGAAGAAAGUGCCAUUGAGACAGGUUCCAGCAGCUCUACCUUCAUCAAGAGGGAAGACGAGACCAUUGAAGACAUCGACAUGAUGGAUGAUAUUGGCAUAGACUCCUCGGACCUCGUGGAGGACAGCUUCCUGUAA